AUGCCUGGUUUCUCGGAUUCAUUCUGGACUCCUGACUAUGCCACGGGCCUCGGGGUGCUGUACGGGAAGUUGCAGCAGGGAGUCGUGGAGAACAGGCAGAUCCUGACCAUCGCUUCUAUGCGGGCAGAUGCGGAGGAGCAGUAUGGAUUCCGCAUGGGCGAUAUUGCGCCGAGUGUCGACCGGAUGUCUGCCGCGGGUUUCGGCAAGGAUGACGGUGCGAGUGUUAGGAAGGCAUACGAAGGUGUUCGCACAGAGAUGAUCGAGGCCGCCCGCAACCACCAGAAAAUCGCCAGCAACAUCCGAGAACUCGUUGUGGCUCCCUUCCGACGCUGGAGCGACCAACACGAAUACCGUGUCCAGACCUCCCACGAUAACCUCCAGUCGCGGAUUAAGGAGCACACCAAGCAGGUCGACCUGGUCAAAAAGCUGCGCAGCCAAUACUUCAACAAGUGUCGUGUGGUCGAAGAUUUGGAAGAGGAGAACAAACUCGCCUUCCAAGAUCCUGAUAACAGCCCGAAACUCAAACCCACGCCCAAAAUUGUUCUUCCAACUCCCGAGGAAGAGCCCGAGGAGGAUCCGUAUGAGAUCGGAGAUCGAAUCUACCCUCCAGAGGAGAUCAAGAGGCUCCUGCUUCACAUGCUAGACAAUAUUAGGCUCGGUGAUGCGAAGGUUGCUAUCAUCGGUACCUAUCAGAACACCUCCUCUGGUGCAGAGAUUGUGGAGUAUAUCCAGAAUAACAUGAAUGCGACCACCCUCGCCCAGGCGGAGAGGAUUGGCCAAGAUCUAGCGGACAAUGGAUUCCUCCGCUUGAUUGGAAACAUGGGCAACACCUUCGCCAACAGCUCGAAGAUGCAUUAUCAGUGGCGCCCCAAGGUGUUCCAAAUCACCGGAAUCCCGGAGAAAAAGAAGCCUCUGAUGCGCGUUACUUCGGUGGCCUCCAGCGAAGACGGCAGUGUUGCUGAGUCCCCCAUCUCGUCAGUCCAGGAAAUGCUAGCUGGCUGGAAUCCUCUCAACAAUCCUCAUCCGAAUGAGAGCCCCGCCGAGAAGCUGCGGAGAGAGGCUUACGAGGCCGAUGAGCGAUACAAGGCCGCCAUCCGCAAACUGGACCAGAUCCGCUGCCGUCUCCAGGAGGAGGUUAUCGACAACUUGCGCUUCAUGGAGCAAUGCGAGCUUGAUCGCCUCAAGGCCAUCAAGGCUGUGGUGCUCGACUUCUCUGGUGCCAUCAGCAAUGUCAUUCCCAACCUGCAAAGUACUGUCGAUAAUAUGAUGCUGUACCAGGAGACGAUCCAGCCUCUAGGAGACCUGCGAUAUCUCCUCGAAAACUACCGCACUGGUGGCUUUGUUCCUCGCGUGCAGGCAUACGAGAACUACUAUGGCUCCGUUGAAGAGCAAAACUUCGGUGUCGAUCUCGAAGCCAGGGCUCGCGUUGACCGUAAGCGUGUGCCGAUCUUGGUCACAACCAUUUUGACUUAUUUGGACAACACAUACCCCGAUCUCGAGGGUGACGAAGCCCGGCGUGCCAUCUGGCUUCACAAUCCCCCGCUUACUCAGGCGCACCAAUUGCGUAACGCCUUGAAUAACAGCAAGGUGGAUUAUCGCGAAGUCCUCCCGAAGUUUGAGAUACCCAUUGUUGCCAGCGUUUUAAAAUUGUACCUUCUUGAAUUGCCAGACUCCCUCGUUUCUUCGCAAGUCUACGAAAUCGUCAAAACGAUUUACUCGACCACCGCUCACGAGACCACGGAAGAGGGACGGAUCAAGGUCCUGCAGAGCACGCUUGGACAGCUCCGUCUCGUCAACAUUGCUACGCUUGACGCCGUCAUGACCCAUUUCACACGCCUGGUUGACUUGACUUCAGCCGACGAGCAAUACAUUGCUACCCUGGCGCAGAUUCUGUCUCCCUGUGUUCUUCGACCUCGCACCGAGAGCAGUCUCACGAUGGAUGAGCGUCACAGCUACCGGUUGAUCCGUGAUUUGUUCGCCCACAAGGAUGCUAUCUUUGGUGAGCUGAAGCGCCAGUCGAGCGCCCUAGGUAUUUCUUCUACCUCUAGCCGUCCCCGUGCCAUCAGCACAGACGAGAGCAACCGCCGGGCAGCCAUGGAGGCUCGUCAACGCGCGAUUGUCAACCGUAGCCGGGCUACCAGCCCUGCACCUGGCGCGCGGCACCGUCGUGAUCGCUCCAGUGGUGCGUCGGCGUCGACCCGGUUCCCCAUCAAUGUGACCAGCCCGCGGACCACCGUCCGGGCUCAUGCCAGCCUGGAUGUCCCCCCCAAGAGUGAUUCCCCCGCUCCUGCUGAACAUUCUUCAAUGGUGAACACUCAAGCUGUGGAGGCUACCACCAAUGGCACCUCCACCGACUCCCCGGUCUCUGCAGCUGCCAGCGUUUCCUCGGGCACCUCAAGCCCUCCUCUGCCUGAGUCUGGCUCGGACGGCUCGCCGACUCCGACACCGACUCCUGCUCCCACAUCCAGUGAGUUCGACAGGCGCAGCUCUAUCCCUCGCUCCGCCGGUGCCCGGUAUUCCCGCAAACCCGGUCUCGGCAGCAUCUCCAGCUUCCCCACCGGCGCUGCAGUGGGUGCCUCCGAGUCGGAUAGCAAGCGGAGCAGCAUCGCCGAGAGCGAGCCUAAGGGCGUGACGCUGGAGGACAAGCCUAUGGAUGACUAA